CCUGCUCCUGUUUACGGGGGUCUGGACAGGUGGAGACAGGUUCACAGUCCAUUCUGUUGGUGUGGUAAGAAAGUGCUGUGAACAUGGGGUCCAGCUCCUCCUCUUACGCCUACAAAGUCAUCUACCUGGAUGUAGAUGGUAAAGUGCAGAAGGUGCUUUUUAAUCGCCACUGCAGCCCAUGUGACAUCAAAGAGCUGCUGUGUUCUUCUUCCAACAUUCCCAGAAAUACAGCAAUAAUGAUGGUGGACCCUGAAGGUGCUCUCGUGUCGAUCGAUCCCACAAUGCCCGCCAACAGCCCCAACUCUCUAUACAAAGUCAUACCACUGUCCACCGUCCAACUGGGAGAAAAGGAGGACAUGUUUCAGAAUGUGCUGUCACAGGUAGCCGAGCAGUUCAACAGAGCAUUCAGGAUUAAUGAACUGAAAACCGAGUUGACCAAUCGCCUGGCUAUGCUGGAGAAGAGAGUUGAAUUGGAGGGGCUGAAGGUUGUGGAGAUUGAAAAGUGCAAAAACGAAUUGAAGAAGUUGAGAGAUGAGAUGACAUCCAGAGCUGGUGCAAGAGUGAAUUGUCCGUGCAAGUACAAUUUUUCAGAUGAUGGAAAGAAGUUAACUCCCAGACGUGAUGUCCCGAGCUACCCAAAGUACACACUUUCUCAGGAGACCAUUGAAGCGCUGAAGAAACCUACCUUUGAUGUUUGGCACUGGGAGCACAAUGAAAUGCUGAGCUGCCUGGAGUACAUGUACCACGACUUAGGCCUCGUGAAGGAGUUUAACAUGAACCCAAUCACUCUGAAACGCUGGCUGCUGGGCAUUCAGGAAAAUUAUCGCAGUAACCCCUUUCAUAAUUUCCGUCAUUGUUUCUGCGUGAGUCAGAUGAUGUACGGCAUGAUCCACCUCUGCAACCUCCAGGAAAAGCUUACGCUAACAGAUCUGGGCAUUUUAAUGACUGCUGCCGUGUGCCAUGACUUGGACCACCCUGGAUACAACAAUACGUACCAAAUCAAUGCUCGCACUGAGUUGGCCGUGCGCUACAACGACAUCUCACCCCUGGAGAACCAUCACUGUGCUGUGGCCUUCCAGAUACUUUCAUUGCCUGAGUGUAACAUAUUUGCCAACGUACAACCAGAAGCCUUUAAACAGAUCCGACAGGCUAUUAUCACAUUGAUUUUGGCCACGGACAUGGCCAGGCAUGGCGAGAUUCUGGACUCCUUUAAGCAUAAAGUGGAAAAGUUCAACUUUACCAAUGAGGAGCAUGUGACUUGCAUGAAGAUGGUCCUUAUCAAAUGCUGUGACAUCUCCAAUGAGGUCAGGCCUACAGAUGUGGCAGAGCCAUGGGUAGACUGUCUACUGGAAGAAUACUUCAUACAGAGUGAUAGAGAAAAAUCAGAGGGGCUUCCUGUGGCUUCCUUUAUGGACAGAGACAAAGUAACCAAACCCACGGCUCAGAUCGGCUUCAUUAAGUUCGUCCUUAUCCCCAUGUUUGAAACUGUCAUGAAGCUCUUCCCUCAGAUUGAAGAGAUUAUGGUACAGCCACUCAGAGACUCACGCGACCAUUACGAGGAGCUAAAGCAAAUUGAUGAUGCCAUGACAGAGGCACAGAAGAAAAAAACUGAAAAUAUGUCGUUAGGAGGGAAGAAGAAAUAAGCACAGACACGAGCCGAAUGCUACUGUGAGUCUCAUUUUUUGGACACGUCUGCACUGGGUGAGCAGCUCCAGCAGAAGAAAAUAUAAGAGCUCAGGUGUCGGGCUGGUGAUGAAGAUAACUGUUUUGCUUACUGAGCCCAAGAGUCACCCCAUCAACUCAGGGGUUGUUUACUGAUGAUACAUUUAACAGCCUACUUUCCUGGUCAGAUUACUUCUGUUUAAAUCCUGGUCUCCAUUAAUAAGCUGGUGUGUGGUGGGUGUUCUGGCCCAAUAUGGCUGCCGUCGCAUCAUCCAGGUGGAUGCUGCACAUUGGUGGGGGUUGAGGAGAAUCCCUCAUUCAUAUGUAAAGACCUUUGAGUGCUUCAGAAAAGCACUAUACAAAUGUAACAAAUUAUUAUUCAGUCGUUCAUCCACUUCAAACAGGGUGAACGGCACAUUCACAUUUGCUUUGAAGCCCUCUAUCGGCCAAAACCGCACUAAAGAAGUUUUCAACCGUCGGGUCGCGGUCCUGUAGUUCGAGUGAAAACUAUAAAAACUUGCUUUACGGCAGACCUACAAUCCAAUCAAAGCCAGCUUUGCUGCAGUAGGCUAAAUUAUUUACGACAGUGGUAAUGGAAAAUUCUGCUUCCAACCUGUAGGGGGAGCAAAGAGCAAAAAUUCUUUAGUGUUGCUUUAAAUAAUGAAGGCAGCUCAAAUUUGCAUUUUAGUCUGGGACUAGGAUAAGCCCUGUCUGGGAAAUCGCCUGAAUAUCAGCUUUAAUGGAUACACAAGAACUCCCUAAGCAGUGUUUUUAUACCAAGAAUUUACAAACGAAAUGCUUUUGUCAUUACAGGUUUAUCUGUGAAAAGAAGUGUUUUAGAAGAAUCAUAUACAGAGAAGAUAUUAAAGGGAUAGUUUGGCCAACAAUGAUAUUAAUCCCAAGUUUUACUCACCAUAAGCCGUCCGAGAUCCAUAUGUCCAUAAUUUUUCAGACGAAUACAUUUUCAGUUAUUUUAUAAAAUGUUUUUGAUCUUUCAGUUAAUCAAAUGUACCGAAAGCUAGUUAUUUUUGUUUAUAAAGUAUAAAUAUGGAUAUUUCUACACCGAAAUGGCACGGGUUACCCUCAGAAGACCUUUGUUUAUCAUCAUUGGAGCCUUUGAAUUUAUUUUGUGAAGGAUGGACGCACAUUUGUUGGACUUAAAGGA